GCGAAUGAGGAAAGAAAGAGAGCAUCAACCUUUACUUUUUUGUUACCCUAAUCUGAACUUUAAAUUUCUGUUAUCCAACGUCUUUAUUUUUUUUAAAGGUUCAUUUGUUUCGCCCAUUAAACAAGUUUCAGAAACCAUCUCUUUCCCUUUCUUUGCUUUUUUCUUUUCCUCUGCCUGUGAGCUUUUCCUAAUAAAACCAUAAAGCAGAUAUAGAUAACAAGUGUAAAACCAUUUUCUGGCAGAAUAUCAAUCCACCAUCUUCUCGUUCUCUUCUCUCAAAGAAAAGAUAGCAAAAGAAAGGAAAAGAGAAAGAGAGAAAAGGAGGGGUUUAGCCCCUUCCACUUCCUUGUAUUUCAAGACUCUUUCGUUGAAGAUGUUUGAUUCCAAAAUCCCUCCUCACACGCUUCAAGUUUCUCAGAUUCCUGUAACUUUUCUUCCCUUUUGCCGGGGGUUUAAAACCUGUCGACUUUGCUCCGAGUACUUCCAAACUCUAUCUUGUUAACUUCAUUCUAUUUCCAACAAAAACAUGGUCCCCUUGACCUUGAUUCUUUUCACUCUGUUUUCUCUUCUGGGUUCCUCUGUUUGUGCUUCAUCCUUGCUAAGUGAUUUCCAUGUCCUAGUCUUGCUUAAAGAAGGAUUCCAAUUCCCACACCCAGUUCUAAACAGUUGGGACACUUCCAAUUUCAGCUCAGUUUGUUCAUGGGCUGGAAUUCAAUGCCACAAGGGACGAGUUGAGUCGGUGGACUUAACAGAUAUGGCUCUGUAUGGCUCUGUUUCUCCUUCAAUUUCCACACUUGAUAGGCUCACACACCUUUCCCUUACAGGCAACAACUUCACUGGCACCAUUGACAUCACCAACUUGACCAGCCUUCAAUUUCUCAAUAUCUCCAAUAACAUGUUCAGUGGCCACAUGGACUGGAACUACACCACCCUGGAGAACUUACAAGUAAUUGAUGCCUACAACAAUAACUUCACAGCCUUGCUCCCUCUGGGGCUUCUGAGUUUGAAGAGGCUGAGGUACUUGGAUCUUGGUGGGAACUUCUUCUACGGUGAAAUCCCAGAAAGCUAUGGAAAUUUAGCAGGCCUGGAGUAUCUCUCAGUAGCAGGAAAUGACAUUCGUGGCAAAAUCCCAGGUGAGUUGGGAAAUCUCACUAACUUGAGGGAGAUUUAUUUGGGCUAUUACAAUUCUUUUGAAGGUGGGAUUCCAGUGGAGUUUGGAAAGUUGGUAAAUUUAGUUCACAUGGAUCUCUCAAGCUGUGAUUUGGAUGGUCCAAUUCCAAGAGAGUUAGGCAACUUGAAGAAACUCAACACUCUUUACUUGCAUAUCAAUCAGCUUUCUGGUUCAAUACCAAAACAGCUCGGCAACUUGACUAACUUGGUGCACCUUGACCUUUCCAGCAAUGCACUCACUGGAGAAAUCCCAUUUGAGUUCAUCAACCUCAAACAACUCAAGCUUUUCAAUCUUUUCUUGAACAGGUUACACGGCUCCAUACCGGAAUACCUUGCAGACUUGCAGGAUUUAGAGACACUCGGGCUGUGGAUGAACAACUUCACAGGAGAAAUUCCACAGAACCUAGGCCUGAGUGGGAAUCUGCAAGUGCUUGAUUUGUCCUCCAAUAAGCUCACUGGUGUGAUUCCACCUCACCUGUGUUCCUCAAACCAGCUCAGGAUUUUGAUUCUUCUGAAUAACUUCCUCUUUGGGCCCAUACCUGAAGGUGUGGGAACAUGUUACAGUCUCACUAGAGUAAGGUUAGGGCAGAAUUACCUGAAUGGUAGCAUUCCAAAUGGCCUUCUUUACCUUCCUAAGCUAAAUUUAGCUGAGUUACAGAACAACUACUUGUCAGGAACUUUGUCAGAGAAUGCUAAUAGUUCCUCUCAGCCUGUUAAUUUAGAACAACUUGAUUUGUCAAACAAUGCCUUGUCUGGUCCUUUACCAUAUUCAGUCUCAAAUUUCUCUACCAUUCAAAUCCUUUUGCUUAGUGGAAACCAGUUCUCAGGUCCAAUUCCACCUUCCAUUGGAGGACUCAAUCAAGUGCUAAAGCUUGAUCUUAGCAGAAACUCAUUAUCUGGGGAAAUUCCUCCUGAAGUUGGGUACUGUGUCCAUCUUACCUACCUUGACAUGAGCCAGAACAAUCUUUCUGGCUCCAUCCCUCCUAUAAUUUCCAAUAUUCGUAUCUUGAAUUACUUGAACUUGUCAAGAAACCAUUUGAACCAAACCAUCCCAAGAUCAAUAGGAACCAUGAAAAGCCUCACUGUUGCUGAUUUCUCCUUCAAUGAGUUCUCCGGCAAAUUGCCAGAGUCAGGGCAAUUUGGCUUGUUCAAUGCCUCAUCUUUUGCAGGAAACCCUCAACUUUGUGGUUCUCUGUUAAACAACCCUUGUAAUCUGACGAGAAUUGCAUCGAAUUCUGGAAAAAGCCCUGCAGAUUUCAAGCUAAUAUUUGCCCUUGGCCUAUUGGUAUGCUCCCUAAUAUUUGCAAUUGCAGCAAUUAUAAAAUCCAAGUCAUUCAAAAGGAAUGGCCCUGGUUCCUGGAAGAUGACAACGUUCCAGAAAGUGGAAUUCACAGUUUCAGACAUCCUUGAAUGCGUGAAAGAUGGCAACGUGAUUGGAAGAGGAGGUGCUGGGAUUGUUUACCAUGGAAAAAUGCCAAACGGGGUCGAAGUUGCAGUGAAGAAAUUGAUGGGGUUCGGUGCAAACAGCCAUGACCAUGGGUUCCGAGCUGAAAUCCAAACUCUAGGAAACAUAAGGCACAGAAACAUAGUGAGGCUACUCGCAUUCUGCUCCAACAAGGACACAAAUCUGCUGGUGUACGAGUACAUGAGGAAUGGAAGCUUAGGUGAGGCAUUGCAUGGGAAGAAAGGUGCAUUCCUGAGCUGGAACAUGAGGUACAAAAUCUCCAUUGAUUCAGCGAAAGGGCUCUGCUACCUUCACCAUGAUUGUUCACCAUUGAUACUCCACCGAGACGUGAAGUCGAACAACAUUCUGUUGAAUUCAAAUUUCGAAGCACACGUCGCUGAUUUCGGCCUCGCAAAGUUCUUGGUGGAUACCGGCGCCUCCGAGUACAUGUCUUCAAUUGCAGGCUCCUACGGUUACAUUGCACCUGAAUAUGCUUAUACAUUGAGGGUGGAUGAAAAAAGUGAUGUUUAUAGUUUUGGAGUUGUUCUACUGGAGCUAAUAACAGGGAGGAAACCGGUGGGAGAUUUCGGCGAAGGUGUGGAUCUUGUACAAUGGUGUAAGAAAGCAACGAAUUGCCGGAAAGAAGAGGUGAUGAACAUAGCUGAUGUGAGGCUAACGGUGGUGCCAAAAGAGGAAGCAAUGCACAUGUUGUUCAUUGCAAUGUUAUGCUUAGAAGAGAACAGUGUGGAGAGACCCACCAUGAGGGAAGUGGUUCAGAUGCUCUCUGAAUUUCCUCAGCAAACACUUACACUAGAGUACCAAUCAUCUUCCUCUAAUUAUUCCACAAUUACAAGCCCAGGCCCAGCAACCAAGAAACUUCAACCUUGUCUACCCACUUUUAAACAAGACCUUUUGGUUUAGUUCAAAUGCAAUUUCAUUUUUCUUCCUUUAAUUUGGUAAAUUUUGUGUUGGCUUCGUUUUGUAAUAUCUUAGCUUUCUUUUGGGGAGGGGUUAGAUUUUUCUUUAGUCGUCAUAUAGAGAGAGAUAUUUGGUAACCAUAAAGAGGGAUGUAGGAAUAACCACUACUGUUUAAUCUGCACUUCUUUAAAAGGAGUGUUGUAGUUAGUUUCAUGAGGCUCAAAAUCAUCAUUUGUAUUUAUAUAUAUUAUCAUGUGAAAUAGUAUAUACAUGUCAAAUUUUAUUGUGCUAUA